AUGGUCCAUUGUGCCCGUGCCGUCUCGGUGGUCAUUUGUCUUGCAGGUGUGAGGCCAGUGGCAGCCGGCAACUGCGGCGUGGCAGUGCAGCGAGUGGCAGAUGCUCCGGACCCUGCAUUUGAGCCGCUCGAAGUGGGGGAUCCGAACUCCGCAGACCUGGAGGACUUGCUGUUCUCGGAGCCUUCUCCCAAGGAGUGGAGGAAGAUGCGAAAGCAGUGCCAAUCAGGUGAAAGCGAAUCCUGCCUGACGUUUGGCAUCGAAGACUGGACGCAAAACUCCUUCAAUGCCCUCGUCCACCAGGGUGUCACAAGCGGGCGACCUGAUGCGCAGGAUUAUGCUCUGGUCCGCGAAUCUUGUGGAGGUCAGGUGGCAUGCAAAACCAUCGAGGGCAAGGUCCGCAUCGUCGGAUAUGCUGUUGAGCUCGGUGGAGGCAUAAACUUGACACAGCUGUCCCGACUGCAGCACUUGACCGCGUUGGUGCUGCGUGGGCCAAACAAGACCGACUUGCAAGGUCACUCCUGGCCAUCACCUCGAUUUCUUCGCUUGGAGGCGCCGACGAAGGGCGCAAUACACGCUGCGGCCCGGGCUCUACAAGGCCAACCUGGGCACCGGCUGCAAACCUUGCAGAUCUCCGGGCGCCAGGAUGUUCUUCGGUGGACGCCCGUCGAUCUUGCGGAGUUCUGUGGGCUCGACCUUGUUCACUUCAGCGCAUUCGUUAUUCAUGUGGCCGGUGGGGCGCUACCUGAAUGCUGGCAAGAAAUGACGAAGCUGCGGAACUUCUAUUGCUCCAACUGCAUGUUGGUCCAUCCGCCGACGGCUCUGAGAGGUUUACAGUCCUUGAGGUCCUUUGUCGCCUUCCGCCAGUGGGAGAUGGUUCCGUGUGCUGUGCAGCGUUUGUCAAGAGGGGGCUGCAAAGCUUCCUGGGAAACUCGUCAUUUGUACAAGGAGGGCGUCCGCGCUGAAAGCACCGGUGACUGGGGCGAUUUCCAGCAAGGGCCCAGCCUGAUAUGCCCGCAGCACUCGUUCGGCUUCGCCUUUGAGGAGUUUGUGAAGCUGGGCUGGAGCAACAUUGAGAAAGUCUGGCUAGACGGCAACUUCCUCACCGGCCAGAUUCCAGCCAAUCUGGCGGAACAGUGGCCGAAGUUGAGGUCCCUGGAUCUCUACGACAACGACAUGGAAGGACCUCUACCAGACUCUUUGGGGAUGCUGCCCUUCGUGAAGCUUCAGUUGCACGCCAACCGUUUCUCGGGCUUAGUGCCGCAAAGUGUUUGGCGCUUAACCGAACGGCGUGAUUUAAUCCUUGGGCUUCAGGAGAAUGUCAAUUUGACCGGCUGCGUAGCUCCAUUGCAACACUGGGAGCACGGGGUACCAGGUACUCUGAUCCGCCCUUGCAACGAAGACCUUUGA